AUAUUUCCCUUCUUUUAAAUGUUCCUUGUUUUGUUCAGCGUCUUUCAAUCAGCGUCCGAGAAAGCUGAAAUUUCGUCAGUUCCCCAAGAAACACUUGAACAUGAGUCCAGAUCCUCGACAACCCCUUCGGAUACUCAGGAUACGGAUAAUGUAGCGGUUAGCCAAACUGUAUUACAUUUAGGGAAGCUACCAACACAGCAUGAUCAACCUCCCGCCGUCCCUCCAAAACCAGUCAGACACAAGGUAGCCGCCGCCGCCGAAACGUCUAUUCAGGACACUCAAAUACAUUCAGACACUCCACCACCAUCGCAUGAGGCCACUCCGCCGCGCGAGGCUACUCCAACGCAGUCGGAGCAGCCUAUGAGUCGGUCAGAGAGACGGCGUCUGGCAGCGCAAGCACAACGAGAGGCAUUAAUUGCCGCUCAGGCUCAGGCACGAGCUGAAGCCGAGGCUCAAGCUGAAGCCGAGGCUCAAGCUGAAGCCGAGGCUCAAGCUGAAGUCCAGGCUCCAGCCGAAGCUCAGGCUCCAGCUGAAGAUCAGGCUGAAGCUCAGUCGAUAGCUGAGCCCGCAGUGGAGCCUCCAACAACAUCGCCCCCAUCAUUCACUUCCCCGCCACCUGUGAUGCCCAAACCGUCUCGUCCGGCUCCUUCCCCCGCACCUAUGCGGGAGUUGACCUCUCAACCUGUUCCCCCCAAGAAGAAAGAAGAAGAAGAGGAGCUAACUCUCAAUCUAUUUCGGGUCGCUAUUUUCGUUUGCCUCUGCGCAAUAAUAGCUUACGUGUAUUUCACGAAGGGCGGAAUCUUUGCAAUUAUGUUCCGCCGUAAGGUGGUUCAAUCGCAACUGGCCGUAGAGGAGGGGUCCGUGGGCGGGAAUGCCGGACCAGGAACUGCUCCCGGGAAGGAUUUAACUGACGAAAGUUAAAAAGCCCGGAUAAAUUUCGUGUGGUCCAAGAACUCUACAUUUUAUCCCCGUCUUCCCAAUUUAUUUUUCUCCACAACACUAAUCGCUAAAUCAAAUAAUAAGUUAUAAUAAAACACAAUUGAUUACUAA